AGAAUGUGGAGAUUCUAAGUUUUUUAGUUUGCUAAAUGGCAUUAGUGGUUUUAGCAGUAACGGUACGCGUUAUUAGUGCAAAACUAGAAAUCAAUCAUGUUUUGCUACAACAUUCCAACGAUAGAUCCUGAUUUACGCCACGAAGAAACAAUCCUGAAUGCCAUCAAUGUGUUCGAAUUUCUAAACGAGGUAAUUGAGGAUGUUUUCGGCAAAGUUAAUCAAAGGAUCGAAAAAAAUCGGCAACGGCUGAGGCAAAUAGAUGCACGAAUUGAAAAAGUUAAUUCAAGCGUAGCUCGGCUGAAGGAUACCAAGGAAGCAAUUGUUAUUUAUUCUCCCUGUCGCUAUCCAGGAGCGGAUCUGGAUACCACUGUGCUACCAACUUUCACCAAUCAAAAUGGGAUACGCAUGAGGGAAAACGAAUUUACGCUACGGGAUAGACCGUACGUUCCAGCACAUUCGUAUCAGGAGAAAAUACAGUUCUAUCAUGUGAAAAGUCCAUCCGAUCGUCAUAGGAUAUUCUCGUUUGAUAAUCCGCGAAGAAAUAGAUCAGAAGAGCGCGUCAAAUUUGUAGAUUCAAUUCUAAUGUUCAAUAGCAGAGAGUUUGCGAUUGAGUAUAAGGGAAUCGCAGAUAAAUCUAGAGAAGGUAGAAAAGCAGCGGGUCAAAUUCGCGAAGAAAAAAUACUUUCCUCUUCCUCUCCCAUCAUAAGAACUCGUUCCAGAAAGAAAGGUCAGGAGAUAUUCUACACUCCGAGGCUGAAUGAAGCACCGAAAAUUGAUGUGCCAGUUGAUCUACCGGAUUUGCCUGGAAUUGUAACUAAUAUUCAGUAUGCUGGAAGCAACACUUUGAUUGCUCCCUCACUGCAAUUAGCUGCAAUAGCCGAUCAAUUACCAGAGUUGGAAGACCUGGUGGACAUUGGGCAAACUGAAGUGACUUCAACGACACCGGAUAUGAUUCAAACUAUUGUUUCAACGAAAAUUGAAUCACCUGCCAUAGCGUCAAGUGUGCAGUUACCACCGGCUCCUCCGCCACCGCCGCCGCCACCACCUCCGCUUGAGUUAUACGAGCAAAGUUUUGUAGAAGAUAAAAACCCAGACUCCAAAGACGACAAACCAACGGAAAAACGACAACCUCCAGUUUCUACACCCGCAGAUGCUCAUUUCAAUUUAAUGGAAGCGAUCCGAAAAGCGGGAGGAGCCCAGAACGCUAAACUAAAACACAGUCAACCUGCGGACGGCAAGCGAGACUCGACCAAACCUUCCAAAACGGGACCGCAGAAUUUCAUCGACGAUCUGCACAAUAAACUGCAAAUGCGACGUAAAGGUAUAUCUGGUGCACGGGAGAAUCAAGAACCAGGUAAUGUUAUAGAUCGUCUUUCGGCGUUAAUUCCGCCUCCUCCUCCAAAAUUGGACGCAAGCGCAAGUGAAAGCAAUGAUGAAGAUUGGGAUUGAAAUAUUGGAAAUUUCGAUUGAAA